AUGGAUGACAUCUCUUCUUUGUCUACUAGCUAUAUCAUCAAGCCCAAAAUAAUUUGGCGCCCGUUACUUCCAAAUAUUCAGUGUAUUCAAGUACCACUCACCAAUGUACCCUCAAUACUAGACUUAUAUACAUUUGAUGUAGUAUCGUCUGGAGGUGGCGCUCUUAAUGAAGGUUAUGAAAUUUUGCCUCAGGAUCGUACAAAUAAGGGCCGGUUACGUGAAGGAGAUGUAAAAACCAUUACACUCGUAAAUGAAUAUGCAAACCAAUUAUCUAAUUCGACGUUUGCAUACACGGAAUAUCUUGGAUGUUCUAUGCGGAAUGGGUGUCGCAAAGGCAAAUGCGACUGGAAAGGUCGUAUUGUAGUCCCUCAGGAUAAGCCACUAAACUUAUGUAAUAUUGAAUAUCGUGGAAGUCAUGAUCCAGAACAUGUUCGGAAAAAACCACUUCGAAUGGCAAAUUCAGUCAGAAAAACAAUAACAAAGAGAGCUACAAAUGUAACUCCUUCAAUAAUGGCAACAGAACUAAUGGAUGGUGCAAAAAUUUUAAGUACAACUAUCGACACACCAAAAAAUCAAGCACAACCAACAUCUACUCGCUUUGUUCCUAAUCUUGAGGCAAUUCAGAAUGCUCUCAAAUAUGAUAAAAAACUAAAUUAUCCGAGUAUAUUAGAAUAUGAAAAAGUUUGCACUAUAAUGGAUACUCACGAGUUCAAAGGCACUGUUAUAUCGAAACAAUAUGGUGUUAAAGAUGCUCAAGAUCCCAAAGAACAAGCCGUGCUUCUUGGCAUAGCAUCUACAAUUAUGCCAACACUAUUAACAAAGUAUCCAGAUUUUUUAGCUUUAGACUCUACUGGUCGUCGUAACAGCUUGAACUUUCCAAACACAGCCUUUAUGGUUAGAUCAGAUGAACCCCGUGGUCGAAUUGUGGCAACAUUUUUAAUUCAAUAUAGUAUUAAAAAUGAUGUUCAACUAAACCCUAAAUGGUUAGCAAUAGACAAAUGGGACCCUUAUCUGACAGCAACUAGAAAACAUUUUCCUAAUACGCAGGUAGUUUUGUGUGACUGGCACGAGGCUGAUGCACUCAAGGAAUGGUUUACAAAAAAUCUAAAUGACCAAUGGAUUAGAGAUCGAACAUUCUAUCAAUUUCGGUUUGUUAAGCGAUCUAGAGACCAAGAAGAAUUUGAUCAAUGGAAGAUUACUAUCUUGGAUGCUAAAGAGUUUCAGUCUGCCAUCGGAAUUACAAAUUUAGAUAUUGCAGAAACUGUCACAUCAUAUUUUCGAAUGCACUGGUUCGGAGACUGGGUUGAUACUUGGCCAGAUUAUAAACGUGAUGGUUGUCCUAUGAAAACAAAUAUGUUAUUAGAAAGUUAUUUUAAAAAAGAUACGAUAAUACAUUACCGGGGAAGAUAUACCAAGUCUUUACAUUCAAAUCUUGAGAAAAUAGGUACAUCAAUGCGCGUAGAUGCAGGGGAGGUUGAAAGGUUCUGGAAUGGAGAAGGCAAACAGCCUACAAAAUCAAAGUUACAACGAGAAAAAAACAAAAUACAUAUAAAGGGGGAGUUAUUAUAUAAAAAAAAUCUUGUUCAAGAGAUCGACCAAGAUACUUGGAUUGUGUCCCGUUUUAAUAUGGAUGUUGAUAUCCAAUAUAUUGCUGCUGAAUCGGAUGAUAAUGAUUCUGAUAAAGACUUAUUUGAUGAGCAUAAUAUAAAACAGCAAGAAAAAACAUUAUACAUUACAUAUAGAAGUGGAAAAUUCGCUUGCCCCUGUAGUUUCAAAGUAAUUCGCGGACAUGAUUGCCAGGAUAUUGUAGCUGUUCGUUUCUUUAUUGGCGAGUUGAAACUACAAAAACCUGUUGCGGAAUCAGUUGCAAGUAGCUCUCUCGAGUCUUACUUUCGUCAAAAAGAUGAUAAUGGCCGUAAUAAAAAUGAGUUUAGUUUACCCCAAAAAAGAGGUCCCAAAAAUAAAAGAAAAAACAGAUUAGUACCAGGAGAGCAAGUUUAUCUUCGAGAUACAAUUUUGGAUAAGCCUUACCAUAAGGUGCAGAUUGUUGAAAUUAUUGGUGAAGGUAAGGUUAUUGUAGACAUCACUUUCGAAAGUAAUAAUACGAAUCGGCAUAUAGUUCAACAAGCUGAUAUAAUUGGGUACGCUGAUGAACAACCUAACCUAUUUAAAAAAUCUAAGGAUUCUCAUGGAAACAUCGUUGUUCAUACAAUGCCAUAUGGAGGAAAAAGAGGUGAGAUACAUUUAACUUCUACAUGCCCAAUAGAUACAAGUCUCACAAUUAUUCAAAGUGCUUUUACUCAGCAAAAUAUUUAUAGUCAAGCCGCAGCUUUUGCCGUAGCUAACCCCACUUCACGUACACAUCUUCUUAUCAAAUUAAAAACAGGAUGUAUAAACUUAUUUGGAAGUCUUUCGGAACUAUUCUUUGAACAAUUCUUUCAUGAUUCCUUGGAUCAGAAUCUUCUCGUUGUUAAAAGCACAGUAACAACCGUGUGUGAUUCAGAUUACUGCCCUAAAAAAAUCUUGUCACCCACAAACAUUUAUGAUAUUGUACUUAUAAAACCGCAACUACCGGUAUUACCAGGAGAAGGUAACUACUUCGAAAUUUGUUUAAAACAUUGGCAAGAGCCUUGUAUCAUCUUCUGCGGAUCAGAGUUUGUAUCUAUAAAUGGAAAAAAACCAAAAAACGUUCCUGUAAAUGCCUUCAAGGUCGAUAAAUAUACAUCAGUAGAAAGUGGAAAAAUCAAGCAUUUGUACCUAUGUGCUGGUAAAACUACUUCGACAAGACAAAUCGAUCAACGGCUACCCUUGGUUCUUGUAGUAAAUGUUGCGGGAAUUAAUAUUACAGAUGAGGGAUUUUAUCUCGAAAGCAAAGACCUUCCAGAAGAAAUCAGCUUUCCUGAAGACGUAUAUAAAAAACAAAGGUAA